AUGGGGAGAGGAAAGAUCGCCAUUCGAAGGAUUGACAAUACGACUAGCCGGCAAGUGACUUUUUCCAAGAGAAGAAGUGGGUUGCUGAAGAAAGCUAGAGAACUGUCCAUUCUCUGUGAUGCAGAAGUUGGAUUGAUUGUGUUCUCUUGCACUGGCAAGCUUUAUGACUAUGCAAAUACCAGCAUGAAAUCUGUUAUUGAGCGUUAUAACAAGUUAAAAGAGGACCAUCAUCAGCUAAGGAAUCUUGCUUCAGAAGUCAAGUUUUGGCAGAGAGAAUCAGCAAGCUUGAGGGAGCAGCUGCAGAACAUGCACGAAUGCCACAGGCAAUUGAUGGGUGAAGAACUUUCUGGUUUGGGUAUCAAAGAGUUACUAAACCUGGAAAAUCAACUCGAGACGAGUUUAAAGGGUGUUCGCAUGAAAAAGGAUCAAAUUUUGACUGAUGAAAUUAAAGAAAUACACCUAAAGGGAAGCCUCAUUCAUCAAGAAAAUGUAGAACUUCAUAAAAAGAUAGACCUCAUCCGUAAGGAAAAUGCAGAAUUACAGAAGGUUAUGGAAGCAAGACGUAAGAAAGAAGAAGAUGCAACAUCCAAUCCUCGAUACACUAUCAGCUAUGGAUAUGACAUACUCACGCCUACGAGUCUCAAGCUAAGCCAGCCAUCGCCUCAACACAGUGAACCACCGGCCAUAGCAAUGAAACUGGGGUAUUCCCUCAACCUGAUGAAGUUAAAUGCUCAGCUUGAGUCUAUAAUUUUUUAUCCUUAA